CCAUUAUUGAAACUCAAGGUUGCUCUAAAAAUGCCGAACACUGUUAACAUAGAAAGACAUAAGCUUAAUCAAGCGAUGUACCAGAAACUGAAGAAAUAUAUUAUGAGCAAAAGAAAACGAGAACAAGAAGAAAAAGCACAAGACGCAAUUGUUAAGCGUUUACGACGUGAAAGGGAAGAAUCUAAACGACAAGCCGAAAUGGAUACAGAGAAUUUAGAAAAUACUAAAAAAGAGAUUUUGGUAACUCGUAAACGCAUAGAAGAACUCACAUCUAGAAGAAAUGAGUUAUUCCAGCGACUAAAACAAAUCGCCAGCGAGGAGACAAGCCUUCGUGAAAAACAAAAAAGCGAAACUAUGGCUUACUUAGCAGGUAUGCCACCUACUCAGUUCGGUUUGGAACCAAACAAUACUAGCACGCAAAAUCGGCUUACGGUGCCCCAAACUACAUUACCUACAGUACAACCAAUGCAACCACAGGCUGUCCAACAUGUCUCUCUGCCAAAACAUAACUUGAGUGCUAAUGGAUCUGCAUCAAUAUCUAGUAUAAAUUCUGAAAACUUAAGUGGUUCUCAGUCUCCUCACAGACCUCAUCAUCCAUCUCUAUUUGGCUUGAAUGGGUCUAAAUCGGCUCAUACGACAAUUUCAACUCAAACGGGGCUAGGUAUGCAGCAAAGUUUGGCAUCAAUAACAAAUAAUCCGUCAGCCACUAUGGCUGCAGUAGCGGCUGCCGUAGCUGCACAACAAAGGUCAAUGCCGUCAUCUGACCCGGGUUUUCCAUCCACAGCCGCCGCAGCUGCAUAUUUCAAUGUGAUUGCUUCCUUGGCGAACUCAUCUUCCCUUGCAGGAAAUUCCUUAGGAAUAGCAUAUCCCAAUUCCUCUGUUAGUCUUGCUGAAGUUGUCGCUGCUCUUGCUGCGUCAGGAUUAUGUUCCCUCCCAGCACAUCUAUCAUCGAAUCCACCGCCAAUAUCAAGUGGAAAUUUGGUCCCAAAUUUUACAUUCAGCAGUCGUGCAUCUCCUUCCGUCCCAGAUGGUCAUCAAAACCGUGACACUAUGACAGCACUUUCAUCGGGAAACAUGCACUCAAACUUAUCUUAUCAUCAAAACGUAAUUCAGUCAGCCAAUAUGUCCAAGAAUCCUGCAGUAUCCAUUCAUCAUAAUCCUAAUCUUGAUUUUACCAGCUCCACACUAGAUACCGCAAAAGUGUGCUUAGCUCAACUAGCAGCAGCUGCUGCGGGCAACAAUAACAAUAGUGGAAAUCACAUAAACCAACAAAAUGUCUUACCCAGUAAUCAACAAUUACAGAAAGCUCAUCAAAUUCUACGUUCACUGAAUGCUUCAAAUCCUCUAAUAUCUCCAUUACUGAGUGGUAACACUUCAGAUUUGGAUAUUUCUCAAACUACUUCUACUCCUUCAUCAACACCUAUAUCUGGUAGCCCUUUACUACCACCAGCCCCUAUCAGUUAUAGAGGAAGCAUUACUACUGGGCAAUCUGCUCAGCAAAUCCAACUUCAACAGCAAGCUCAUCAAAAGCAACAGCAUAACUUGUCGAAGUAUAUGACACAGGUUGAUUACAGUUCAGCACGUGGUCCUUCUGGUGCACAAAAUAUGGAAGGUUCACAUUUACUGACACCUAAUUAUACUGCUAAUAUUUCAUCAACCCAAGGAGCAAGGUUCACUAAUCAACAACAAAUUAAUGCAAAUAAUCUCAUUAUGCUAAAUCUAACAUCUACAUCAUCUCAUAACAACGCACCUACUUUAACUAAUACUGGUAAAUGUCUUACAGGUAGUCGUCAUAUAGAAAAUAAUUCUUUAAGAAAUUCAGUUAAUAACAAUACAAGUACAUCUAUACAAUUCAAUUCAUCUUCGUCCGGUGUUACAUCAAUAGCUUCAAACUCAACAAUUUCACCAUCUAUAUCGAAUACUGGCUCUUCUAUUGCUUUGAAUCCCGGACUAACUCCAUUUCCAACUGAUCUAAGCUCAUUAAACUAUCUAACAUCUGCAACUCUAGCCGCUGCUUUUCAACAACAACAACAACAAUUAAAUAAACUUGUCAUGUCAGCAAAUAACAUACCUUCUUCACAUGGACAUUCAAACACUUCUGGACCACCAUCUAGUUCAUCAAAUAAUUCUGGGCGUCGAUUUUUUUAAAUUUAUGCCGUAGUUAAAUUUUUCAAUGUGUACAUUGUUAUUAUUAUAUUUAUUCCCCGAUCAUUUGGUGAUUUAUAUCUAAAAAUAUACAAACUUUGUAUAUUAUUUUCGUGUGAACAAAUUUACCAAAAGAAGCGUUGUCACGGAUCCUGUAUUUGGUAUCUACUGUUAUAACAGCAGAUACUAAAUAUAUUUAUAUAACCUACUUGUUAGAUAGAGAGACCUUACAGUGCUGUCAUUGAUUAAUAUUUCAUUCUUAUUGUUUUACUCC